AUGAUCCACUGGACCUUCUUCCCCUGUGCGCCGCCGUUAUCGCCUCCCAGCGGUUGGAUCUCGGAUCUACGGCGCAAGGGCAUAGAGGAGAUCAACAUAGUGGGGGACUCGCACCAGAGGGGGCUGGCAAACCACCUGCACUUCCUGCUGUCGGGGCGAGUGAAGCACAGAGAGCAUGAUCCGCGCUUCAACUACACCCUGCAGUCCACCAAUGCAAACCAGGAGUCGUUCAGGAUCAACUUCUAUUGGAUCGAUGGGAUCUACCACAAUGGGGAAUUUGGUUGUGGUGACAGAGGCAAGACGAGCAAUCGCACGGACGCAUUCCCAUCCGUCAUCUCUCCCACAGCUGACGUCACCGUGCUGAACGCGGGCGCGUGGUCGGACAGGUUCUGUGCGGAGCCAAUCAAAGCCAUGCGCGCCCACCUCCCGGAAUUUCUCAACUGGGGAUUGCAGUUCACCGGCCGAAGCGGCAAGCCCUUGGUGCUGCGCACUGCAACGCCCGUGCCCAGUGGGGGUGACCACUGUGAACGAUACACCAACUUGUCGGUCGGCCCGUCCGCCAACCUCGCCAUCAUGGAGCUCAACCGGGUGAUGCGAGAAGUGGCUGCUGGGAAGGAUUCAAGGCUGUCUGUGCCCUCGCUGCCGGUUUUUGACGGGUGGAGGAUUGAAUUGCCUCGAUUCCAUCAAGCACUCUACUUCAAGGAACCAAUAACCCCUCCUCCUCAUCUCCCUCCUCCUCCUCCUCCUCCUCCUCCUCCUCCUCCUCCUCCUCCCUCCUCCUCCUCCUCCUCCUCCUCCUCCUCCUCCUCCUCCUCCUCCCUCCUCUCCUCCUCCUCCUCAUCCUCCUCCUCCUCCUCCUCCUCCUCCUCCUCCUCCUCCUCCUCCUCCUCCUCCUCCUCCUCCUCCUCCUCCUCCUCCUCCUCCUCCUCCUCCUCCUCCUCCUCUCCUCCUCCUGCAGGUCCCCGGCAUCCUCAGCAUCCGCUGCCUUUGCCGCCUCCUCAUCCUCCGCGGCUGUGGCGAACAGCGGGUUCACCCACUCCUCCACCUUAG